AUGGUCUUUGCUUUGGUCGAUCCAACUGACCCGUUGACGUUACUUCUAACUGUAACAAGAGCUGACACGGACACAGCGGAUUGCACAAUAUACUGGGAUGAUGGUCUAACUGAUGAAGAAGAAAUAGAAGUCUUAUUGGAGCUAGAACAUACCUAUAUUAAGCAUGGAAUUUACAGAGUCAGCAUGUCAUGUGACGACAAUGUGGUCUGUCCAAGUUCUUAUUCCGACUGUUUAACUACAACUGACUUCAUGGACAAUGCGUACAAAACAUUUGACAACCCCUUGACCUACUUCGUUUCUAAGCCAAUAUUGGUCAAAAGCUAUAUGGAGUUUGCGCCAUCUGGCGGUACAUGUGGUCAACCAAUGAUAAACUGGAGAAUUACUGAAGUCGAUGGUGAAAUAUUGACGCCAUUCACUAACUUUAUCCAACCAAAUACAUCCGUAUUAAGGAUAGAGCCAGAAGUUCUAGAUCCUGGCGAGUACAUUCUCAACCUAGAAGUGUCCUUUCCGUCGAAAUCUGCAAACCACUGGACAGAAGACGCUUUAAUCAUAAAAGUUGUACUUCCGGAAUUGGUUGCGCAUAUUUCUGGUGGUGAAUUACUGCAGGUUCCACACGGAGGAGAUAUUUUCAUCGAUGCAACAAUAUCUACUGACCCGGUCUUUUCUCUUCCGUCUUUAGCUCUUACGCCGCUUGUUGCCACUUGGUCAUUUGCGCAUUUUUCAGUAACACCAGCUUUGUCGGUGAUACAUCUGUUGCUAAAGAACUUUCCUGAUACAACUCCUCCAGCCGCAACUACGAAAUAUCAAAUAAUUGCAGGAACAGAUAAUAUUUUGAAAGUUGAUACAUCAGUGUUUACUGUGAAUACGUACGCAGCCGUUAUGUUCACAUUGUCACGUGGGGACAGAAGCUCGUCUGCUUUGCAAGUUAUACACUUUAGAAGUUUUAAGUCAUCCUCUCUGGGUAUAAGUAACUUUCUUGCUCAAGGUAAUGUAUAUAUGAUAACGGUAACAGUUACAGCCCCUGGGUAUGUGGCGACAAAAGCGUCAUUUGUUCGUAGAGUCAACCAUAUUCCUUACGGAGGCACAUGUGUACUGAGCAGUCUCUUAGUGACGUCAGCACGAGAUUGGUUGACGUUUACGUGCAGUUCCUGGAAAGGAAAUGACGACAGAAAAGUUAAAAACCUAUUGGCUGACGUCAAUCCUAUUUUGACGUAUACUGUACGACAACAAACAAUCGGUGCUUUAGUUGAGGAGGAACCGAUAUUGCAAACAAGGUCUCAGAAAUCUCACGUGAUACUAAAAGUAGGAGCUGCCGAUAUGUCAUAUAUAUCUUCGUUAUACAUCCAUGUGACAGACAUGUACAAUAACUACAACGAAGUUUUCCUCUCUGUAACAUCGAAUCCUGCGUUCAAUGUUAAUGACGUCACACCGACGUUAGCUGGCGCUAACGUUGUUCGCAGCUAUACACACGUAGAUUAUCCGUUUGAUGAGCAACAACUUCGAGAUAUGGGAAAGAGUGACAUGAUUGUCGCCCUUGUGUCUGCUUUACCGGUGUGGAAACCUCCUGUCCCUCGAAAGCUGAACACCGAUGGUGCAAUUCUUGAUCUAAGUCCAAGUGGUAAUAAAGAUGUUGGGCUACUUGAUGAUGUCUCAGCAGCAGCCAACAAUGAAACCACAGAUCCUGCUACUUUAGCCAUCCAAGAAGUCAUACAAAACAUGACUUCGCUGAUCAAAAGGGUGGUUCAGAAUGACCUGAUCAACGGUACACGAAAGGGAGACAAACUGCUGAGUUCACUUAUAACCAAUGCGUUCACAAACCUUGCCGCUAAACCACAGUUUGUGAACUUUGAAACAAAGGUGGACCACAUCUUCUUAGCUGAUUUGGUAGGAGUUGACGCACUUGAACCUGAAAACUCAACAGAAGACCAGUCAGCACAAAUCGAAGCGACGUCUGGUGAGAUUUAUUACAUGUUUCAAGCAGUCGUUCAGUCUGCAGUUCCUGAUAAUUUAAACCAAAUACGAAAUGUAGGAGACCUCAAAUCCGGUAGAGUUCAGAUAGGAGAAAUGCUUUCUGUGAUUGGUCAAAACAUAAGCCUCGAGGACACCGAGUUAUCUCCCGUUGAUAGGGCAUAUCUGUACAUGAGAAUGCAAAGGAAACUUCAGCUUCAAACGGACGAAAAGAAAAAUGCAGCCAAAGAAGCGGCUAAAAUGGCAGUAUCAUUAGCAAAGAACAUACAAGAAAAACUGAAACUUUGUAAAACGUGCAGUAACGAAAACAGUAACAAAACAAAACAACUGGUUAAAAAGGACAAUGCGAAAUCUAUUGAAAAUGAGACGAUUUCAACUGAAACUUCUAACUUCCGGUUAGAUGGUUUGCAAAGCGCAAUUGGCACUGAUAGCUCGCCUGACGAACCAGUUUCGGUUUCGGCGUUCGAGUUUCCUGAGAAUGUUUACAUGUACGAUGACGACAGAACAUCGAGCUACGUGACGUCAAAUAUUUUACGUAUAGACGCUAAAACACCAAAUAAACGCAUUACUCCAAGUAACAUGACAUUCGAACAAAGCGUGAUUACACCGGAAGUUAAAACAAUAACACCGGAAGUUGACGAUGAAGAUGCAUCUGAAUUCAUGUAUCAUCAGUUUAUCUACCAAAAGGCUACGGACUAUGUCUGCAUGAUUGUAAUGCCUCUUGGUGAAUAUAACUUCACUAGUUAUUUGAUGUAUUUGAAAUACGACGCAUCGCCAUCAAUAAUAAACUAUGACUUGAAAUGGUUGAUUUACGAGACUGACAACUGGCAGAGCUGUAUACUUCCCGGAGAUAUGAAAGGGCACUCUGGCAUGACAUAUCUUGCCGUGCACCUGCCAGAUAGCAAGAAAUCAAUCGUAUAUAAUUUUACACUAAUCACGGUAGGCUGCCUUACAUGGGAAGAGAAAGCGUCUAAAUGGCAUUCCGACAGGUGCUUACUUGACUGGCAACCGCAGGAUAACAAAAUAUCAUGUAAAUGCAGAGGCGUCACUGACAUGGUUUUUGCAAAUUCUUUCUUCGUUGCGCCAAAUUCUAUUGACUUUUCGUCAGUUUUCCUGAAGUUUUCCCCACUGAAUCAGGCGGCAGUGAUAGGUGCGCUGGGAGGAAUAUUCGUUAUUUACAUCAUUGUAAUACUGUUCUUGAUAAGGUUAGACCGACGGGACGGUUUAAAGUGGGGUAUAACACCAUUGAGAGACAAUAUGAUCAGCGAUAGGGACUACUAUAUCAUCAAGGUGUACACGGGAAUGCGACGAGGGGCGGGAACAACGUCGCGUAUUGCAUUUGUCCUGACCGGAGAAAAUUCGGACACAGGGCCUAGGGAAUUGUUUGAUGGUUUUAGAAAGGAAUUUGGCACCGGUAGCGUCAUGUCGUAUCUGAUGGCAACCAAGAAAGGUCUUGGCGAACUCUUACAUCUUACCAUUUGGCACGAUAAUAGCGGUGAGGGGGAUGAUAGUUCUUGGUAUCCAAAUCAGGUCGUUGUAUAUGACGUAGCCACCCGUAAAACGUACACAUUUGUCAUAGAACGGUGGUUAUCCCUUGAGACCACCGUUGACGCACAUGUCACUGCUAUACCCUCUGAGCGUCCGGUUCAGUUUGAAUCCAGGUUUUUCUUUCAGACAAGGGACCGUCUUUCCGAGAGCCAUAUGUGGGUGUCUAUUUUCUACCGUCCACAGAUCAGUUCAUUUACCAGGGUACAACGAGCAUCUUGUGCAUUGGUUUAUAUAUUUCUGACUAUGAUUGCGAAUGCCAUGUAUUUUAACCCUAAUCCAGAGUAUGAGUCACCGCCCUUGGUUCAAGUCGGACCACUGCGUUUUACUUCACAACAGAUAUUCAUUUCUAUUGUUUGUGCACUAAUGACAACACCCGUGAUUAUGUUACUGAUAUUCAUAUUCAAACGAACAAAAUGCCGACCGACAACUCCAAGUAAACCGUGUAGUUGUUGCUGUAAAUUCGCAUGUUGCUGUAAAUGCGGAUGUUGCUGUUCGACUGCUUGCUGCCGAAGCAAAAAAUACCAGGAACAAAAACAGUACGAGGAAAUGCUAAAGUUCAGGAUGCUGUCCUCUGAUGUUCCAGAUUUCAGAGGUGGAAUUUAUCUCCCGUGGUGGUUCAUAUAUGUAGCCUGGUUUUUGGUGUUAGCUGGAACAGCGGUGCCGGCCUUUUUCAUUAUACUAUACAGCAUGGAGUGGGGAAAACAGAAGUCAGAGGAAUGGUUGACAACGUUUUUCAUGUCUCUUUUAGAAUCGAUGCUUUUUGUUGAUCCAAUAAUGGUGAUCUGUUUAGCUUUUAUACUGGCUUUAUUGAUUCGCAAGAACAAACCUGACUCAAAUGUUGAUAUUGACACAGUGAUCAAAAUAUAUCAAGACAGGAUGGGACAAAAGGACGAAGACGGCAAGUUUACAUAUAUCCUAACUAUGUUAACGUCGUUUGAGAACACAAAGAUAUUUUUAUCAAUUUAA